AAAAAAAAACCAUUGUGCUCUACUAUCCGCGUCUUCUUCUCUCCAGAGUCGCAAUUCUCUGUACUACUUGAACUCAGACCAGCGGCGCGGCGCCAACCCAUAAGGUCCCGCCAUUUCUGUCCCUCUCUAAUCUCCGCACGUACUGCAGAUCGAUACAGAUUGUGAUUUUUCGGAGUAAAAGCCUCAAAGCUCAUCUAUCCUUUAGGAGGGGCAAAGUUUUACAUUCUCGCCUUAUAUAUAGUAUCUUUCAAGCUCCCAAGCGGCCUAGUUGGCAAGAGAUUGGGAUCUCUUGGUUAUAUUGGCUUAGAGGUUUCAAGUUCGAAACUUCUGGUGAACUCUUCAAGAAAUCUACAGAUGGCACUUAGACGUAUCUUAGGAUUUUCAGAUGGUGAGGUAAUGAGGUCAGAUGCUACACCCUGUCCACAGUUGAUGAAACAGACUGCUGGGUUAUGUACUGUGGGAGGAGGACUUGCGUUCUGGAUUCUCUGUAGAUUACAUUAUGGUCCAAGAAUCACAGUACCUAGGAGUCUCCGUUGGGCAGCUUGUGGAGCAGUAUCGAUGAGUGCAACCUCGGCUUUGCUUGUUCGGUUAUUCAGUCCAGAGUGUGAACCCCAGAAUAUAGCUGCUUAUGAUAAACGGAAAGUUGUAAGGUGAUUUGCAUUCAGAGAUCAACAAUCGUAACCAUAAUGGUAACAUAUUAUUUCCUUUCUUAAAUAUAGAAUUACAAAUGCGAGUGGGAGACUCAAUCUUUCAACUUACAAGAGAGGUUACUAAUGUCUUGAUUGUUUUACUGAAUGUUGCUAUUCAUACAAGUCUAGAUUAAGGAAAGUUGUUAGGUGAUUGACAUUCAGAGAUCAACAAUCACAUUUGUAAUGGGACGGAUUCUUUCUUUUCUUAAAUAUAGAAUGACAAAUGUGAGAUUGAACUCAAA